GGAAGCCAGCGCGAUCGUUGGCUGUUUUCGCGUCCCCGAAUCUCCAACACCGUCUUACAUUACAUGCCAAUAUAGUCGAAUAACCAUCGAAUAUUUAAUUCUCCGGGUCCGGCUACCUACGCACCGUUGGUACCUACGGCCCGGUUACCAUGGUACCUACGGUACCGUGGGUACUACCUACGGUACGGUAAGGAGCUACACCUACAGAUCUUACCUCCGAUACCUACCAUAAUGCCGUACGGCAGCGUGUUAUGCAGCCGAUGAGAAUAAUGGUACAGAGAAUAUCGUGACGAGUAUAUGCGUUAAGUUGUUUUCGUCUACGCGGGAUAUCCAUCCACUCGUGCUAAAAAUUAACGAGGCGCCAGAGGAGCUCUCCUUGAGGCCCUCAAUGCCAAGAGAAAACCAUCAGUUGGAACCAGGGCCGCUUGGGACCGCGGAGUUCUGCUCAAAAGAUGCUGGGUCCUUGUUACAGCUCUUGGAUCUUCGGCGCACCCGGGACUCGAUAGCACAUUCGAUGGGGGAGACACUGGCAUACAAUGUGCCGGCUCCUAAUCGUGCCAGCUGUCCCCCAGCUCUGGCGGUCAUUGAGGCAGAGGUCUCGCGCGUUGAGGCCAGCAUUCAGGGAGGGCUUCGCAAGGUGUGGCUGGGACAGCAACAAGCAUGCAAGACUUCCGGCCCAUCACAUGGGACUUACCCCUUGUGCGGGCCCGGCGGCGACGUCUGGGUGUCGGCCGCAAUGACGUCGCGAGCGGCGUAAUUGUGGGGGGCGGGGUGUGGGGGCGUAUAGAGGGGCAGAUCACAGGUCAAUACAAGCGCUCGAGCACCGGUGCGCGCAGCAAGCGUGCGCAAUAGAAGACCUCAGAUGUGUGCAGGUGGCGCUUGGAGCCGAGGCAAACCGCGAGGCGGAGGCAAAACUUGCUCUUGCUCGCGAGCUGACAGCUGCGCACACAGUUUGUUGCUGUGUGGUACACUUAGGUCUUGUUAUGAAAAACCUAAAUGUAGGCAGCACUCAUACAAGCCAAGGCGCACACGCAAGAGACCCAGGAUAAGUGGGACUCAUACUCGCGCAUGGUCGCGGUCGAGACGGCGUGUGCUGUCGACCGCGCGGCGUGUGCUGGCAUGUCCGGCAUCGCGCGCAUUCGCAGCGCACGGACGAUUCGGCGCCUAGUAAGAGCACCGUUAGCACGCUCUUUGAUGGCGUGGGCGCAGGUGGUGGCGGAAAAGCGUAUGCGUGAGUCAAUGACACAUAAACCUCGCCUGGCCUGGUAUGCUCGAAGCUCGCUACGUGUGCUCAAGCGCCUUGAGCGCCUUGACACAUGGUUGGCUUUACGAGCCUGGGUUGUCACCACUGCCCACCUUCGUUCAUUGGAUGAUAUGUGCCUGCGCGCGAUGACACGGGUUGUAGCCAACGCUACCGAUCGUACUUUGAGUCGUGGGUGGGCGACGUGGGUCACCCGGACGAGUCGAGCGCGGGUGACCACAGCGCUCCUGCACACCUGGGCGCGGCAGCAUAUGGCGAUGGUGAUGCGAAUAUGGGCGACGGCUGCGCGCGACGCAAGUAGACGCGCGUGCUUCGCAGCACGGAAAAGCCUGAACCAUGCGUGGGUGGCUUGGGUGCGCGCGGCAGGAGGGACCCUUGGGUCAUGUGAUGUGCACAGAGGCGCAUUACAAUGUGUCUUGCGGUGUCUCAAGGCGACAGUGAUGCGCCAGACAAUUUUGUGCUGGCGAAAGGCUGCGCAUUGCGUGCACUAUGAGCUGCUCAGAGAUGUUCGGGUGCGCGGCUGCGCCGACGUAUCAUCGCUCGGCAAGCCAUUUGUUGAUAUCGAUGGCCCAUACCACGUGCAGGGACGGGCUGAGAGGCGCGCGCUCCGGCGUCGAUACCGUGCGCUGGCUUGGCGCUUGGCGCUUCAAAGACGCGUGCGGCGCGCGCUUCAGGGCGCCUGGGGUGCCUGGUAUAGUGCCACAGCGCAGAGACUGGCAGCUGGGCGGCGGCGGCGGCGGCUCGCUCGCACUUCCACGUGCCGCGCAUUUGGCCGGCCAGCGGCUGCGUCGAGCAUGUUGGGCAGGAGCGCAAUUGACAGCUAUGAUGGCCCUCGCAGGUGGGCGGCGAUGGCAGCAGCGAGUGAUCGACGUGCAGCGGCUGUGGUACGCGCGCUAAGCAUAGCCGCUCGGGGAGAUCGCGUUGCGCUUGUCCGCGCGGUAGCUAUUUGGCGCCAUGCGUGGAGACCGGAGUCCAGCGCCAUGAUUACACUCAAAGCGGUGCCUGCCGGUCAACUUGCACGUAAUGACCGCGCGAUAGCCUUGCAGAGCGCACUCAAUGCGUGGCGCAUGGUUGCCAGCCGCACCACCCGCCUCCGUACAUCAGAUGGCAUGCGCCUGCGCGCUGCCGGGGCAGCCUGGGGUCACUGGGUAGCGCACAGUGUAUCAUCGUGGGAUAUAAUGCUAAUAUGUGGCUUCCACACGCAGGUACUCCAGGUUGCGGUUGGCCGAGAACUGAAGCAACUCGAAGACGCUGUGGCUCAGCUUGCGACUCGUGGACGCUGUGGGCGGCCUCGGCGAAGUCUUCUCCGCUAACGAAGAACAGCCAAGUCCACAUCUCGCCACUUUGCGGUCUUCGCCUCUCGCCCCGGCGGCCCCGCAGCCCCCGGCUUCCCAAGAGCAAAAUGGCUAGUUUCUGGUUGCUGCACACUCCCGGCUAAGUAGCCACCUAUUUAGUGCCAUUCCACCCCCUCAAUGGCCCGGUGGCGAUUGGGGGUUCAGAUAUCCAGUCUGUGAAAACGGAGAUUAAAAGCCAAAAUGACCACCAGACCCUUGACAAACGGCGUAUAGAUUUCUUGCAAUUGGAUUAUCGAAUUUCACAUUCAUGUUACGUGAAGGCAAACACUGGCAAAUUGUUUAUCCUGGUAAAUCCCUCGAGAGUUAUAUCCGGCGGGUCGGUACCUUAUUGCUAUUUCAAGGCUCCGGUUGGGCAUCCUGACCGAGCAGGG